AUGGUGAUCACGAUGGUGGUGAUGAUGUUAGUGCUUGCAGAAAACGACCAGGCUGGAGCGCAGGAUGCACCGCCGGAGGACGCAGCCAAGGCCUCUCAAGAUCGCGAGUCGGAUACGGAGGUGGCAGAUCCCGACACGGAUACCGAGGCCAACAACAUUCGGCAGUCCCCCCGAUCCCCGACGGUGGUGAGGGACGUCCGUGAUCUCGAGACGGCCAUGGGCAAGGACAAGGAGGACCUUGAGGUCCGUGGGCCGCCUGCGGACGGCUCCAGCCAAGAUGGCGUGCAAGCUGCCGAAGCCGAGGAGAAGGAGUGUGGUGUUUCGAAGAGGCGGAAGAAGAAGGAUGGAAAGACGGAGAAGAAGCGCAAGAAGAAGGGGAAGAGCGGACAGGCUGCGAAGGAGGAAACUGAAGUGGAGGAGAAAGCAGAAGAAGAUCGACCGGAACCUCAGGAGGCACCAAGGAGUCCAGAGGAACAGAGCCCGGCGAGGGAGCAAGAACAGCCGGAGCAGCAAGAGCAAGAGGAGAAGAAGAAAAAGAAGAGGAAACGGAAGAAAGACAAAGAUGGGAAGAAGGAGGCGAAGGACAAGUCCGAGUGCCGUGAGCACGAGCAGUCCGAGGAGGCUUUGAAGUCCAGCAAGCCGACCAAGGCUGCAUUGCUGGAGGCGGGGGCGCCUCGCCCAAAAGCAGCCUCUCGGCGCAUGAUGCUCGGUGCUUUGGACGGACGGCGUGAGGAGGCAAAGGGCUCAGCGGACGAUGUGAAGACGGAGUCUGCGCCGGAGGAUGGCGACCAUCAGGCAUCUGCUCGUCUUCUACAGGCUGCGGAAGGUGUUAGAGAGUCAGGUCCGAAGGAAUCGACGGAACCGAAGGAGGAGAAGGGCUCCGAGUUGGCCAAGUCUGAGGAUGAGAAGCCGGCCUCCAGCAAGGUUUCAUGA